UCGUCCUCUUCGCCCGCCUCCGAACCCCUGACAUGGAACCGCUUCCUCGCCCUGCGCAAGACACGCCGCCGCUUCUCGCUCGGCAGCAGCAUCAUCUGUGCCGUCCUCACCCUCGGCAUUGGCGGCUCGCAGCUGCUCAACACGGACGCCGACAACGCGAUCGCGGCUGCGCUGGGCACUGAGCCUAUGCUGGUGUGGGGUCUGAGCAGCGUGGUGCUGGUGGCCGUGGGCUGGCUGCUGGGCCCAGCGUUUGGCAAUGGGAUCUUCAAGAUGCGGUAUAGCAAGCAUCGGAGCGCGAUGGAUGCUAAAGAACGCGAAUUCUUCCUCCGCAUCAAGAAGCACCGCUCCAACCCCGCAAACUCGUCUCUCUCGAACCCGAUCCCAGACUACUACGGCGAGAAAAUCGGCAGCGUGGCAGACUACCGCAGAUGGCUGAAGGACCAGCGA